GCCUUGACAGUCUAGCGCGUAGACUUAAGAAGUCGCGGCUAGGUGCUCUUUUUCCCAUUUUUUUACGUCUCUUCCUUAGCCCGGGAAUUUGGGAGAGAAGACUAGCGUAUCCAGUUAGAGGCAGAAAUGACACUAAGCAGCUAUCAGCUCAAGAUCACAGAAGAGAUCCCGCGCGGUCGUCUCAAGCCCCAGCACCAAACGCCAGUGGGCGUCCCAGUGGGGCGCACCCGGAGCGCGGACCUUCACAUCCUCCGAGGAACGCCGCACCCGCGUGGCGGGGAUAACCACGGAGGCCCAGCUUCAUUCAAUAAGGAGCCUGAAGGAUUUAUCCCAGACAGUAGAACAAAAGGAAGAAUAUUGAUGGAUUUUAAACCAGAGUUUUUAAAGAGCUUGAGAAUACGGGGAAAUUAAUUUGUUCUCCUACACGCAUAUAUAGGGGAAGGUUGUUUCUGAUGCAGCUGAGAAAAAUGCAGACCAUCAAAAAGGAGCAGGCAUCUCUUGAUGCCAGUAGCAAUGUGGACAAGAUGAUGGUCCUUAAUUCUGCUUUAACGGAAGUGUCUGAAGACUCCACAACAGGUGAGGAGCUGCUUCUCAGUGAAGGAAGUGUGGGGAAAAACAAAUCUUCUGCCUGUCGGAGGAAACGGGAGUUCAUUCCCGAUGAAAAGAAAGAUGCUAUGUACUGGGAAAAAAGGCGGAAAAAUAAUGAAGCUGCCAAAAGAUCUCGUGAGAAGCGUCGACUGAAUGACCUGGUUUUAGAGAACAAACUAAUUGCACUGGGAGAAGAAAACGCCACUUUAAAAGCUGAGCUGCUUUCACUAAAAUUAAAGUUUGGUUUAAUUAGCUCCACAGCAUAUGCUCAAGAGAUUCAGAAACUCAGUAAUUCUACAGCUGUGUACUUUCAAGAUUACCAGACUUCCAAAUCCAAUGUGAGCUCAUUUGUGGACGAGCACGAACCCUCGAUGGUGGCAAGCAGUUGUAUUUCUGUUAUUAAACACUCUCCACAAAGCUCGCUGUCCGAUGUUUCCGAAGUGUCCUCGGUAGAGCACACGCAGGAGAGCUCUGUGCAGGGAAGCUGCAGAAGUCCUGAAAACAAGUUCCAGAUUAUCAAGCAAGAGCCGAUGGAAUUAGAGAGCUACACAAGGGAGACGAGAGAUGACCGAGGCUCUUACACAGCGUCCAUCUAUCAAAACUAUAUGGGGAAUUCUUUUUCUGGAUACUCACACUCUCCCCCACUACUGCAAGUCAACCGAUCCUCCAGCAACUCCCCGAGAACGUCGGAAACCGACGAUGGUGUGGUAGGAAAGUCAUCUGAUGGCGAAGAUGAGCAACAGGUCCCCAAGGGCCCCAUCCAUUCUCCAGUUGAACUCAAGCACGUGCAUGCAACGGUGGUUAAAGUUCCAGAAGUGAAUUCCUCUGCCUUGCCACACAAACUCCGGAUCAAAGCUAAAGCCAUGCAGAUCAAAGUAGAAGCCUUUGAUAAUGAAUUUGAGGCCACGCAAAAACUUUCCUCCCCUAUUGACAUGACAUCUAAAAGACAUUUUGAACUCGAAAAGCAUAGUGCCCCAAGUAUGGUACAUUCUUCUCUUACUCCUUUCUCAGUGCAAGUGACUAACAUUCAAGAUUGGUCUCUCAAAUCGGAGCACUGGCAUCAAAAAGAACUGAGUGGCAAAACUCAGAAUAGUUUCAAAACUGGAGUUGUUGAAAUGAAAGACAGUGGCUACAAAGUUUCUGGCCCAGAGAAUUUGUAUUUGAAGCAGGGGAUAGCAAACUUAUCUGCAGAGGUUGUCUCUCUGAAGAGACUUAUAGCCACACAACCAAUCUCUGCUUCAGACUCUGGGUAAAUUACUACUGAGUAAGAGCUGGGCAUUUAGAAAGAUGUCAUUUGCAAUAGAGCAGUCCGUUUUGUAUUAUGCUGAAUUUUCACUGGACCUGUGAUGUCAUUUCACUGUGAUGUGCACAUGUUGUCUGUUUGGUGUCUUUUUGUGCACAGAUGAUGAUGAAGAUUAGAUUGUGUUAUCACUCUGCCUGUGUAUAGUCUAAUAGUCCAUGCAAAGGCUGUAUAUAUUGAACAUUAUUUUUGUUGUUCUAUUAUAAAGUGUGUAAGUUACCAGUUUCAAUAAAGGAUUGGUGACAAACACAGAA